AUGUCGAUCUCAAAUGAGGCAUUACAAAAACUCGUCCGAGAGAUCGAGACGCAAGCCAUGGUGGCUCAGCAGCAGAUAUCACUCGUCCGGACACAACAGGCAUCAAAACAGAGAGAGCUGCGCAUGGCACAACUGACACGGACAGAAGUGUCGUCUCUGCCCGCGGAUACAGGCGUCUACGAGGGUGUUGGUAAAAUGUUCGUAGCUCUGCCCAUGUCGGGACUCCAGGAGAAGCUUGAAGAGCAGAUCAAGGAGGCACAGAAGGAGACGGAAGGUUUGGGCAAGAAGCUGCAGUCCCUAGAGCUCACGCAGAAAAACAGCAGAGAUCAUAUUGAUCGGAUGCUGAGGGGUGGAAUGGGCGCUUCUUGA